GCAGUCACCGCCAUCAUGAGCACGACGUUGGCCAAGAUCGCCGAGAUAGAGGCCGAGAUGGCCCGCACGCAGAAGAAUAAGGCCACAGCUCACCAUCUGGGGCUGUUGAAAGCACGUCUGGCCAAACUGCGCAGAGAGCUCAUCACCCCGAAGGGAGGGGGGGGUGGUCCAGGAGAAGGUUUUGAUGUUGCAAAGACUGGCGAUGCCCGAAUUGGUUUUGUGGGCUUCCCAUCCGUGGGGAAAUCCACUUUGCUGAGCAACCUUGCUGGAGUCUACUCGGAGGUCGCUGCCUAUGAGUUCACCACGCUGACCACGGUGCCUGGUGUGAUUCGAUACAAAGGAGCAAAAAUACAGCUUCUGGAUCUUCCAGGGAUUAUUGAGGGUGCCAAAGACGGGAAAGGUCGCGGUCGCCAGGUCAUUGCAGUUGCUCGAACCUGCAACCUUAUUCUGAUAGUCCUGGAUGUCCUGAAGCCCCUGGGACAUAAGAAGAUAAUUGAGAAUGAGCUUGAGGGCUUUGGGAUCCGACUGAACAGCAAACCUCCCAACAUUGGCUUUAAGAAGAAGGACAAAGGAGGCAUCAAUCUCACAGCCACCUGCCCACAGAGUGAGCUGGAUACCGAAACUGUGAAGAGCAUCUUGGCGGAGUAUAAAAUUCACAAUGCUGAUGUUACACUGCGUAGCGAUGUUACUGCAGACGACCUCAUCGAUGUGGUUGAAGGAAACAGAGUUUACAUCCCAUGCAUUUACGUACUGAACAAAAUUGACCAGAUCUCCCUUGAGGAACUAGACAUAAUUUACAAAGUGCCUCACUGUGUUCCAAUCUCUGCUCACCACCGGUGGAACUUUGAUGACCUCUUGGAGAAGAUCUGGGACUACCUAAAACUUGUGCGAAUUUACACAAAGCCCAAAGGGCAGCUACCAGAUUACAGCUCUCCCGUAGUCUUGCCUUACUCUCGGACCACAGUGGAGGAUUUCUGCAUGAAGAUCCACAAAAACCUGAUUAAAGAGUUUAAAUAUGCACUUGUGUGGGGCUCAUCGGUCAAGCAUAACCCACAGAAAGUUGGAAAGGAUCAUACCAUGGAGGAUGAAGAUGUCAUUCAGAUAGUGAAGAAAUAAAAAGCUGUACUGGGCAAUUAGUCAUGA